AUGGACGUAAGUGAUAAAGUCUCAUCUAAUACAGUAAAUCAGUUCUAAGAACUUAGUUUUGAUCUGUUAAACAAGGAAGUUUAGAACUUCAAGAUUUAACAGUUAAAUGGAUUUAAAGUGUAGGCUAUAGUAGAUGAUAAAAGCAAUUUGACUUCUUGGAAUCAGCAGUCUAGGGAAGCUAAGAAAAAACAUCAUCAUCACAUGGAGCAUGUAACAGAAGAUCUUGAUGAGUUAAAACAAUCAAAUGGGUUUCUACUGAAAAGUAGUCCAAUAAAUAAGAGUUACAUGAGAUAUCACUUUAUGCAGCAAAAUAAGCAUGGAAUUGAAAUAGUAGGCUAAGGUUAGAGAGGCCCCAGUGGAAUAAAUCCCAGCAGACUAAAGUCACUUGAUGACAAAGACUUAACUAAAUUUAAUAAUCAGUAGCAGUAAUCGACUUAGUUGUAGCAGUAAAACCAGUAUUUGCCUAUUAGAGGGGGUAAGCAUGCCAACUGUUAUGAAGGGAGAUAGCAACAAGCACGAAUGGAAAACGAAGACAUUUAAAAAGCAUUUGAAAAGCACUAGGAAUUCGAUGAUGAAAUGAGGAAACUCAGAUUUGAAGACUAGUAGAACGAAAACAAGAAUCUCAUUGUUGACAAAGACCUCAAAAUUGUGUCUGCCAAGCAAGCUCAGCAGUCGAAUGCUAAUAGCCCUCCAUUGUACAACGUUGCCAAAGUAAAUAUGAAUUUCAAUGGUUUGAAUAUCAAUAAACGGACGAUUCUUGGCAAUAAUCGCACUUUCAAUGGUGAUCCUGAUUCGAGUUAUGGAACAGCAAGCAUAGGCUAGAAACUGAAAAUGGAAAGAAUUAAUCCAAUAAUAUAUCUAACUAGAAAGAGACAAGAGUAACUGAUGUUACAGUAAUUGAGACUUUUGCAGUAAACUUAAUCUAUGGAUUAAAAGCAAUAAUAGUAACAAUUGGUCCAUCAGUAGAUUAUGUCACAAUACAACGACAGCUACAAUUAUUUAUCAGAUGGAAAUGGUUAUCCUACUCAUGCAAAUGUAGCUACUUUAAGAAAAAUAUAGAAGCAGCGAGGCAAACUUACCUUUUCUUAAAAUUCUCCUUCAAACCAUCAAAACAAGAGUAAUAAUAAUCAAGAAAGUGCGCCAGAAACAGCUACUUUAAGCCAAGGAGAUCGCAGAAUUAUAAAUCUAUAGCACCUGACUUAGAGUAUUUAGCAGCCACCAUAGGGCUUACAAAUGAGUGAAACCUCUUUCAGUUAGUUUGAACAGCCUCCUGAUUCACAAAUGUAUAUCUCUCAGGGUGGUCUUGGAAGUAAAAAUAAUGUAGGAACUGAUUCAAUGAGUGUUUAUGCCAAGAUGAGCGGUCAGAAUAUCAUCCCUUAGAAAGUCUUUUAGGCCUAGUCUAUAUAUCCAAUUCUAGAUCAAAUCAAAGAUAAGUUUUUACUACCAUUGACUUCAAGAUCUCCAGAUAAAUUUUAGACUACUCCUUCAAUGUAGUCCUCAAAGAUAAAUACAAGUAAGGAGAGACUAAAGAGCACUAAUAUAAAAACUCACAAAUACCUGAAUCACUACCAAUAAAAGCUUAAACUGGAUCGAUAGAUAAAAAGUACAAAGGGGAAAGUAUAUGUUGAAGAUGCGGAUAUUAUGGAUGAGCAAUAGGAGAGAUAGCAUAGUCAUGACAGUUACUAAACACUUGAAUAGAGAGAAAAAUCUCCCCCGGAUGUGAAUAACAACAAUGGAGGUUAUGGUAAUAAUUAUCGCAACAGGAGAAACGUAGAGUCUCACAGCCAUUAAAAGUAUCAGUAAAUACCUAUGAAUAUGGCUAUCCUUCCACCUCUUAAGUCAAGAGACAUAUCUCCAAGGUAUAAUUUGUCAUUUAAACAUCAUCAUGGCUACAAAAUCGGAGGGCACACCCCGCCUCACUUGCAUCGAGAGUCAGAGGAAAUCAAGUAGUUUUUGAAUCAUAAGAUGUAAAAUGAAGGUGGUCUCAACUUUGUAAUGCCAGGCUACAAUAGCUUUAACAUCGAUAAUCUAAAUCCUAAAUAAGUUAUCCCACCUCCAGUUGAAUAGACUAUAUCUAACCCAAAUACUUAAUAAACUACUGGUUAAGGAUCGGGUUAGGGGUCUAAGGAUCUCAAAGGAAAAUAUCAUCAAAGAAAACGAAGGAGUUCCACUUCUUACGCCUAAACACUUCUUGAAUUGACCUAAAAUACUAAGAAGAACAUUCAGGAAUGA